AUGCCUGCGAGGGUAGAGUCAGAACCAGCCAAUACCGACUAUGGGUCCCCUGUGCUCGCAAAGCUCAAGCAAUCCCAGUUCGACCCUGUCGAUUUCCUCAACAACGCUCUUCCUGUCCUGAAUUUGUCCUCGCAAACUCAAGCGCAAAAGACGAGCAGGUCUACGCAAAUCCAGACUGUUUCCACCGAAAGUCUUACUCUCCUGAACUCCCUCAAUACGCUUAAUAUUCGCGCCUCUUCCGACCUGACGUCUCUGACGGACGAAAUAAUCCGCAGCGGCAACCGUUUGGCUUACGAGGUGGAGGUUCUGCGUAGCGACGUAAAUGGGCUGCAUGACCUCUUGACAGAAACGUUGCGAGAUGACAUCAAUCAUUUCGUGCAGAACGAGGCCAUCUACGAGCCAUCAGUUGAACCUGGAGAGGCGGACCGCGACACUCUGCCAGGAUCAAAGGAAAUGAAAGAGCCAGAGUUCAUGACACAACUGCGCUCACUAGGGAAAGUCAAAACUCGCCUCGAAGCUGUCAUUGCCCUGUUUGGGGAGGCAAUGAAAUGGCCGAUGCCUCCUUCAGAGCUAUCUAUGGCCUCCUCUCUGAUCUCUGUCUCUUCACCGGAACUAGGCCUUCAAAGCACGGAGGAGGAUGAAAAGGCACAGGAGAUCCUGCGAAAUAUUAGGGCAGAGAUCACGGGGCUACUUGAUACGGACUUGGCUGGGAUGGCGGGUAUUGAGACGGCCUCACAGAGGGUUGAGGAGUACAGACGGCUGGCGACGUUGUGGAAGGGAACGGGUGAAGAAAGAGCAAGAAUAAAAUUUGUGGACUCGCUUGCCAAGAUGGUCGAAGACAGGAAAAAGGUCCAGCAGGGACGCGGCCUGGCUCGAAACUCUCGGGCAGAGGGUUCGGGCUCGUUAGCAGGAAGAAAUGCGAGGGGGUUGGGUGAAGGCGGCGCUGCUUCAGGACUGUUCAGAAACCUGCAGCGUUUAAAAGACGACCUGUAUCUUGAAUGA